GGUGGCUUGUCGCGCUCGCUCACUCCAGCUGCAGCCACUCUUGCCCGUGGCUGCUUCCUCCAUCCUGGUAUUUUUUGGAGCCUCCAUCCUGGUUCUUCCAAAGUGCCCGGACCCAAAACAGGAAUUGAUAGGCUCACCCCAAAAUAUGCUUUUUGGGACUGAUCUAGAACCUGCAUAUUCUCCGUGAAUCUCUUUAAUUGAUUGCAGUUGAGCUAGAUGGUGGAGCCAAAAUGCUAUUGCCCUGUCUUCAUCAACAGUUAAUCAAGUGUUGCAGAGGUAGGAACAUGGAGGAGAAACAAUCUGGAUAACAUGAAAGUGAUGCUGGUGGCAAAGGGAAGGCAACUCGAUUCUGUGGGAAGGGCUAUAGCUGAUCCAUCUGUUUGCUAGUUGGUAAAAAAGUAUGUGGACAAGACCAAAAUUGAGUAUUGAGGCAAGAACUUCAUUGAACAUUACAAGAUUUGAGUAUGAGCACAGUUGAAGAGGAUUCUGACACAGUAACAGUAGAAACUGUGAACUCUGUGACUUUGACUCGGGACGCAGACGGGAACCUCAUUCUUCACUGCCCUCAGAAUGAAGCUGAUGAAAUAGACUCAGAAGAUAGUAUUGAACCUCCACAUAAAAGGCUUUGUCUGUCUUCUGAGGAUGAUCAAAGUAUUGAUGAUUCCACUCCUUGCAUAUCAGUUGUUGCACUUCCACUUUCAGAAAAUGAUCAGAGCUUUGAGGUGACCAUGACUGCAACCACAGAGGUGGCAGAUGAUGAGAUUACUGAGGGAACUGUGACACAGAUCCAGAUUCUACAGAAUGAGCAACUAGAUGACAUAUCUCCCUUGGGUAAUGAGGAGGUUUCAGCAGUUAGCCAAGCAUGGUUUACAACUAAAGAAGAUAAGGAUUCUCUAACUAACAAAGGACAUAAAUGGAAGCAGGGGAUGUGGUCCAAGGAAGAAAUUGAUAUUUUGAUGAACAAUAUUGAACGCUAUUUGAAGGCACGCGGAAUAAAAGAUGCUACAGAAAUCAUCUUUGAGAUGUCAAAAGACGAAAGAAAAGAUUUCUACAGGACUAUAGCAUGGGGUCUGAACCGGCCUUUGUUUGCAGUUUAUAGAAGAGUGCUUCGCAUGUAUGAUGACAGAAACCAUGUGGGAAAAUACACACCUGAAGAAAUUGAAAAGCUCAAGGAGCUCCGGAUAAAGCAUGGCAAUGACUGGGCAACAAUAGGGGCGGCGCUAGGAAGGAGUGCCUCUUCUGUCAAAGAUCGGUGCCGACUGAUGAAGGACACUUGCAACACAGGGAAGUGGACAGAAGAAGAAGAAAAGAGACUUGCAGAGGUGGUUCAUGAAUUGACGAGCACUGAGCCAGGUGACAUAGUCACACAGGGUGUGUCUUGGGCAGCUGUGGCAGAGCGGGUGGGUACUCGCUCAGAAAAGCAGUGUCGUUCUAAAUGGCUCAACUACCUGAACUGGAAACAGAGUGGAGGUACUGAGUGGACCAAGGAAGAUGAAAUCAAUCUCAUCCUCAGGAUAGCAGAGCUUGAUGUAGCUGAUGAAAAUGACAUAAACUGGGAUCUGUUAGCAGAGGGAUGGAGCAGUGUCCGUUCACCACAAUGGCUUCGAAGUAAAUGGUGGACCAUCAAAAGGCAAAUUGCAAACCAUAAGGAUGUUUCAUUCCCUGUCUUGAUAAAAGGUCUUAAACAGUUACAUGAGAAUCAAAAAAACAACCCAACGCUUUUGGAGAAUAAAUCAGGAUCUGGAGUUCCAAACAGUAAUUCCAGUUCCAGCGUACAGCAUGUUCAGAUCAGAGUUGCCCGCUUGGAAGACAAUACAGCCAUCUCUCCAAGCCCCAUGACAGCCCUGCAGAUUCCAGUCCAGAUCACCCAUGUCUCUUCAGCAGACUCCCCGGCUGCUACUGUUGACUCGGAAACAAUAACACUAAACAGUGGAACACUACAGACCUUUGAGAUUCUUCCAUCUUUCCAUUUACAGCCCACUGGCACUCCAGGCACCUACCUACUUCAAACAAGCUCAAGCCAAGGUCUUCCGCUAACUCUUACUGCUAGUCCCACAGUAACCCUGGCGGCUGCCGCUCCCGCUUCUCCUGAACAGAUCAUCGUCCAUGCUUUAUCUCCAGAACAUUUGUUGAACACAAGUGACAACGUCACAGUGCAGUGUCACACACCAAGAGUCAUCAUUCAGACAGUUGCCACAGAAGACAUCACCUCUUCCAUAUCGCAAGCAGAACUGACAGUGGAUAGUGAUAUUCACUCAUCUGAUUUUCCUGAGCCUCCAGAUGCCCUAGAAGCAGACACUUUCCCAGAUGAAAUUCAUCAGCCUAAGAUUACUGUAGAGCCAUCAUUUAAUGAUGCUCAUAUAUCCAGAUUCAGUGACCAAAAUAGCACAGAACUGAUGAACAGUGUUAUGGUCAGAACAGAAGAAAUCUCUGGCACCCACCUUAAACAAGAGGACGCACCCUCCCCUUUAACCCGGGCUUAUGUUACUGAGGAUUUAGGGUCUCCUACCAUAGAAGAACAAGUUGAUCAAACAACAAUUGAUGAUGAAACGAUACUUAUCGUUCCUUCACCACAUGGCUUUAUCCAGACAUCUGAUGUUAUAGAUACUGAAUCUGUCUUGCCUUUGACAACACUAACAGAUCCCAUAUUCCAACAUCAUCGAGAAGAAUCAAACAUCAUUGGAUCAUCUCUGGGCAGUCCUGUUUCAGAAGACUCAAAAGAUGUUGAGGAUUUGGUAAACUGUCAUUAGGUAAUUCUUAGAAACAGGUAGUUCAGGCAAAGAAGCCACACUGUUAAUUACAACAUCUCCAAAGAAAUAGGAGCAACCCCCAAGAGGCUUAAUUUACCAUUCCUCUGGCUUUUAAAUAGCUACAGUGCUCAAGCCACAUACAGUGUUGCUGCUAUGACUUUUUACCUCCUUUAAAUAUAUCAUCUGAGGUCUAGUCUUAUGACAGUGUAGCUGAGUGGAGCACUGGGGUCUCUCUUAACUGUAGAGAUCCUAGUGAUCAGUGUUACUUGUCAGCGGGGAAUUUCAUUCACUUUAGCUGAGAGAAGUUUAAAAUCACCAAAGCUUAACUACUGUUUUAAAAGCAGUAAUAUUCAUCUCUAAAGAUCAGACAUGGCACUCUAUCCAGUCUCAAAUAGGCCUGUUUAUAUUUCAGAGAAGCUACAUCACCAUGGUCUAGAGCUUACCAGUGACCUUCUCCACAAAGCUUAUCUUCUAAGUAGUUUGAGACUUGGGGUGUGGUGGUUACUUUUGGUUUACCCAUUGCUGGCAGUGGGAGCUGAUUUAGGCUGGGCGAAGAGGAAAGCAUUAAGAGAAUUAAGAAAAUUCACUACAGGCUUCUUUGUUUUAAUAUGGAUGAGAAUAGGAAGACAAAAUUCAUGAGAAGCUAAGAGUUUUCACCCCCUCAGAACCCACUGUCAUCAGUUUACAGAGUUAGCACUUUGAAGUAAAACUAAAUGGGAAAGGAAGUAAAGUUGCCUAUCCUAUGCCAUGACCUUUUAUUACAUGUCUUGCUAUAUAAGUUACCCAGGAAAUAGUUGAGGAGAGGAUCAGAGUUUGCCGUUCACUUAGUGCAUUAACUGAUGGGGGUUUGAUAUAACUUCUCCCUCUCAGGCAAUUUAAAAAAACAAAAUUUGCUUCUGUAAUGAAAGGAAACAAAUCAAGAGUCAUUCCUAUACCAGAGAAGGUUAAGCCAAAAUUAGCCUCUAGGGCUUUAAUGAAUAUGACCCCUAUAGAAAAGUCAAAAAAAAACUUGUAUAAAUUAUUUUAUUUAUUAUUGUAAUUAGAUUUACACAAUCAAAGUUGUCUUUUCACCGUCUUGUGUUUUUUGUUAACGUGAAAUUGUAGUUAUAAGCAAAAGUUGGUUGCCUAGGGAACAAUAAUUGUAUAUUCAGUUUAACAGAAAUAAAAGAGUAUUUGUCUUAAAAUGCAAGAUUGUUUGUUGCAUAGCCUUUCACCAUGCAAUUCCAUUAUAAAAAAUUUUAAUUUCAAAAGUGAAAAUGACUUGUGCUGUUUGAGCUUUAAGGGGGAAUGUUUAAGUGCAACAUCAGCUCCUUAAAGAAAAAGCAAAGUGAUCUAGGAUGUCUCCCCUGCAAGAGGGAAUUUAGAUUUACAAUUAACAUGAAAAUCAUGUAUCAGACUUAUGCAGGAGAUUGUUCAGCAUACCUUAUCCAGUUCUUAUUCAAGUCCAAAUAUAUAGCUUUGAAGAGACCUGGUAAGUAUUUCUCCUUGGCAGACUCACUUUCCCACAUCAUGGAAGUACAAAUUCGCACAUAUACAUAACAUGAUGAUAGAAAAUAAGAUAUAGUAAAUUAGGUUUCUAAAUUUCGGUUCUAAGUCUCCUUGUCGAUACCAGUAGAUCUAAAAGAAGAAGAAUUAAAUAAAAGUUUAAGUAAUAGCACUGGGCUGAAUAUUAAAAAUUUAAAAUACAACUAAUUCUUUUCCACUGUGACCAAUUUCAUCCAUAUAUACUUUUUCCCCCUGAAUUUUGAGACUAAUGCAGCCAGAAUUUUAUUCUUAUUCUUUAUAAUUCAAGUGGUACCAACUGAGUUUCCAUAUCCAAGACCAUACUUUAUUCUUGCAUUCUCAGUUAACCUUGUUCAAUGUUUAAACCAAGAGUCCACAGUCAUUUGGCAGGUCAUCCAAGAACAGAUAUUUUAAAUAUAUUUGAGUAAAACGUACAGCUCUUUUAGGUACUGGAAGGGAGGACAACUUUUUAAUUCCUUUAACUUAUUCAAACUGCCAACAAAUUAGGGCUUUACACGUGCAUAUAUUUGGUUUCAACUAGAUCAAUGUCAGUCACUUCUGGCUUUCGGCUGGGAGUGAGAGGAGAGCAUCUCUGGUAGCUUUUUUCCCCAGGCUCUCAAAGUGGGAUGGGCCAAUUCUUCCCUCAGGUCAUAGGAAUAUAGCAGAAUCAGUGAGUCUGAAUCUGGGAAAUGUCCUCUCGUUUAACUUUAACUCAGAUAAGCCCAUUAUUAUGAUUUAAACCUUAUGUGAGUCAGAACAAUUAUCUUUAAGAGUUUACUGCUUUAAUUCUGCCUCUCCUCAAGGGAAAUGAAAACAACAGCCAGCUAAUGAAAUGACCGAACACUUGGCAAAUACCCAACUGGGAGUCCACCACCAUCUUUAUUUCUUUACCUAAAAGAAAGGUUUCUUUGUAGUAAAAUUGAACAUUCUUGUGAAAAAGGUACAACUGUAGCUUUAGGUUUCCAGAGAUUUUGGUGUUAAUUACUUUCAUUUGGGGAGAUAAAGCUCAAAGAUUAAAACAAACUAGUUUUGUAAUUAUUAGAAACAGAGGAGUAAUGGCAUUUCCCAAAGCCUGUUGGGCUUUGUAUGUAGUUCUUGAAGGAAGAUGAAUUAAAUACAUCACAUCAAAUCUUUGGCGACCUAAGUCUUUUGUUUGUUUGUUUGCUAUCAAGGGAGCGGAGUUUCCUUUUAGGGUUACAAGUUACAACUCUGGGAUUUAGGAGAUAAAUAAACUCAGAUUCAAAAAAACCCUGCAAUUUAACAUUGAGAAUUGUGACAGGCUUUGGGGGAGAGGGGUGGCAUAUAAUUAGAGACACCCUUUUAUACAGAUUGUCUACCAGAGCUGGGAGUUCUGCCCUAGGCACCUUCAGCCCUCAAGGAUACUGAAUUUAAAUUCUAAAUAGUACUCACAAGUAUGCAGGCAGUAAUACUACUCAAAGAGAUGCAGACAGCAAAAAAUAUAUUCAGCGGUUUUGGAGGUAGUUGAGGGAAAACAAAAGCACUGAUCAGCGUUACCUGUAUGAAGAGAAAUUAUGUCAGGCCUCAGGAGUAAUUCCCAGACUUGGUUAGACUGGCAUUUAGGCAAUGUAAUAGUAUAAAAUGCUCCACACUGUAAAAUGAUAUCUACCACCACGUUUGCCUUCUGGAAUGUUAAUAUUUAAUAAAAUAUUAAAAUACC